AUGAACAAUUGCUUUAUAGAAAUGUAUAGUAGGCCUAGCUAGUUAGUGGCUAGCUAGUGGCUAUUUACAUAUGAUAUUUAAGCAGCAGAUUGUUUUGCUUGUUUAGGGACUCUCCACUCUUCAAGGGCCAGGUAGCAGAACGCUCCACAGGGUUUGACCCGCAUGAAAAAAGCACCUCACACCAGGUGUGUGUGAGGAGGCAGAAGGCAGCAAUCGAAACACCCGCUGUGUUAGCUGGGAUUCAUGUUAAUGGUGAAAUAGAUGCAGGUUUCCAGGAUAAAAUGGAGGAUAUGUUUCAUACAGCGUACUAUGUUGUCAAGAAAGAAAAGCCAUUUACUGACUUUCCGGACCUGGUGCAGCUCAACAGUAGGACUGGCUCCAACAUGACCAAUUGUUACUUAUCAGACAAGGCAUGUUUAAGAUUCACAAUUGAUAUCUACAAUGUGGAGAGGGAGCAACUGCUUUCUGACCUAAAGAAUGCAGGCUAUAUCAGUGUGAUGAUUGACGGGGCAACUGAUACUGGGAACCUUGAGAAUGAGAUUGUCUAUGUCACGUUCUUCAAUAAGGAGAGAGGAGUGGUUCAGUCCUUCCUUGGCAUUGAGGAUGUCAAACACGCACAUGCAGAUGGUGUACUUUCUGCAGUACAGACAGUGUUUGAAAAAGCAGGUCUGGAUAACUGGAAGGAAAAUGUGGUUUUCCUAUGCGCUGAUGGUGCGGCUGUCAAUUUGGGGAAGAGGAAUGGUGUGGCUGCAAAGCUGAAGGAAGAGAUUGGACACCUGCUUGCUAUACACUGUGUGGCACACAGGCUGGAAUUAGGUGUUCAAUAAAAGAGAAUCAGAGGCUGAAGCAGCUGCAGGAGGUGCUGCAAUAUUUGCAUCAGCAAUACCACUACUCUCCAAAGGCACUGAGGGAGCUGAGGAUGCUGGCAGAUGCAAUGGAGGAGAAGGUCCUCCAGCCUACAAACCUGAAGGGGUCCAGGUGGUUGCCCUACAUCCACAAGGCAACACAGAUCCUGUGUAAUAGCUAUGCAAUCUUUGUGGCCCACUUUGAGGACCAGGUCAGCCCAGAGAGGACAACCCGACCUACACCUGCAGUGAUGGGAAGGGCAAAGAACAUCCUCCACUACCUCAAAAGCCACACCAAUGUCCAGUUCAUGCACUUCCUGCUGGAUACACUGGACUUUCUCAAGGCACUGAGCCUCCAGUUUCAGCAGGAUAGUCUGACACCAGGGGAGGCAGUGCAGUACAUUGAGGCCUGCCUCAAUGGCCUUACAGAGCUGUGUCUGGAGCCCGGAGAGCAGCAAAGGAAGAUGUUGGCUGAUGCAAUGAAUGGCACCUAUAGAGGGGUAGAGCUCAAAAACACCACCACAGACACACUGGCUACAGACAGGAAGAAAAUUACAGACAUGCUUACCAAACAUAUUGAGAGCCGUCUGGGAGACCUGCUGUCUACCGAGAGCAUUGUGCAAACAUUCUCAGAUCUUGAUCAUAAUGUGUGGCCAAAACUGGACAACUCAGAUGAGUCCAAAGAAGCCUUUGUCCUCCAUGGACGAGCAAAUAUUGAGUCCCUGUGCCACCAUUACCAGAGCAUCCUGGUGCGUGAGGGGACCACAGUCACUGAGGUGUUGGGAGAGUACAGGCUCUAUAAAAUCUGGGCAAGAAUGCGGAAUGGGCCCCUCAGAGACACUCUCCUGGAAAUACUCCAGAGAGGGGAUCUACAGACCAAGUUUAAGAACCUAGGCAUCUUUGCCCAGAUCUACCUAACAAUGGCUGUCAGUACCGCAGCAUGUGAGAGAGGCUUCUCUUGCAUGAAGAGCGACUGGAGGUCCUCACUGUCGACCCAAAAUCUCACUCGUCUCAUGUUCCUGACCGUGGAAGGGCCUAGUCUGGAUACCUUUGAUGCUAAGAGAGCUGUUUUGCAGUGGUGGCAGUCGGGGUCAAGAGCCAGACGUCCAGGAUUUACAGCCUGGUCAUCAGGAGGACGGCAAAAUCAACCGACCGAGGAGGAAAAUGAGGAAGAACUGAGGAUUGAAAUGUUGUAGUAUAGUAGUAAUGUAGUUUGUAAAUAAAUUACUAUUGCAACAAAUGUGUUCAUUUUCUUCAUUAUUAGAGUCGACUUUUUUGGACGAAUUCUCUUGGGCCAGUGGUUACAAUGUUGGGGCCAGUGAUAAUGAAAAUCUACUGGCCCGGAGGCCAUUUUUGAUUUGAUCAUCGCAGCAGACAACACUAGAAACCUAGAGCAGGUGAAAGGUAUGCUCUCCACCAGAUUCAAGAUGAAGAUGAAGAUCAGAGAAGAAAAGAUGACACUGGUUUACUGUCCCACAGAUGACAUGGUUGCAGAUGCUAUGACCAAGCCUGUC